AUGGCAAGUAUCAAUUCAGCAUCCGAGGUAUCGGACUGUAUGUUUAUAAACAAUGGCUUGUUGUUUUUUAUCUUCAAUAAGAUUGACUGCAUGAAUCAGGAGGAUUUGCUGAGCCUUUGCAUGGACUUUUACAGUGAGGAAGAAGCCUCGCAAGCAGUGCUGCUGGCGUUUGAGAAGUACGGCUGCCCCGAAAAGAAAAAGGAUUAUCGUGGUGCUCAGAAGAAGGAAAAUAACAUACGACAAAUUAUGACGUUAAUGUGUCAGUCACCUACACCUGAAGGUACUGAAUUUUGUAUAACGAAGUGUACCCAAGUGCCUCCAGUAACUAUGGAUCAUGUCGACAUGGCAACGGUGCUGAAACUGUUUAGUGCUCUUCGUUCGGAGGUUCAGAUCCUCUCCAAUUCUAAUAAGCAGCUUAGAGAAAAAGUUUCAAAAAUAGAAGAAAAUGUUAGCAAAAAGGAAAUAACGACUUUAGUGAAGGAGAAUAAUGCUACAAAGCAGAAAAGAAAAACGUCAGACGAAGUGAUAGCAGAACAAGCUGAACUACUUCAUCUUUACAGGAAAAGGUCGGAUACUAAAAACACUGACAAAUUUACAUUUGGCGAAGCUUCUAAAGGAACUGCUAAACUGUAUACUGGAGAGGGCAUGAUUAAUAAAAAGGUUACUCGGGAUGUCACGUUACAGAAUGAUUCAGAUGAGGAUCUGGCCUCCACGACAUCAUCAACAUCUUUGAAUGAAUGGGAGCUCCAGCCAUGGCAGCGGAGAAAAGAGCGAAGGCAGAUGCAGAGGAGAAACGAAAACGGACCAUCUGGAGUUCCACACCCCGGAUUCGCCACCUCAACCAAGUUAUUAAGAAGAAAGCCUGCAGUAAUAGGAACCAAUGAGGGUACCAGUCUACUAGCAGCCGAACCUCUCACCAAUAUUUCUCUUUUUGUGUCUAGGUUAAGUCCUCAUGUAAAUGAAGAUGAAUUGAAAAUCCAUGUCAUAAAUAUACCUGGUAAAAAUUCAGUUCAUUGUCAGAAACUUCAAGCGAAACAUGACAAUUAUGUUUCCUUUAAAAUAUCAAUCGAGAGCAUUGAAAAUGUAAAGUAA